AAUGUUACUACAUUGAAAAAUAAAAUUAGACGCUGUCAGAAAUAUUGUCUGUAGCGAUCGGCCAUUUUGCAGGUUUUUCGGCGACUGUAACACGUGUUCUGUUGCCACAAUGGCAGUAGCUAAGAAACCAGUAGCUAAAAAAGCUCAGUUGCACCAGAAAACUGGUAAAAAAGGUGUCAAAGGCGGUAAAAUCCGUGGCAAGGGCCAGAGGAGAAAGAUUAGCCUGAAGUUUACCAUUGACUGCACACACCCCGCCGAAGACAGCAUCCUUGAUGUAGCCAACUUCGAAAAGUACUUGAAGGAACGUGUAAAGGUGGAAGGUAAAACAAAUAACCUAGGCAAUCACGUUGUCAUCGCCCGCGACAAGACAAAAGUAGCCAUCAGUGCAGACAUUCCCUUCUCAAAGAGGUACCUCAAAUACUUGACAAAGCGCUACCUCAAAAAGAACAACCUGCGUGACUGGCUGCGAGUGGUCGCCUCCACACAUGACUCGUAUGAGCUGCGCUACUUCAACAUCAACGCUGACAGCGACAAUGAGGAUAACGAGGAUUAACCUGUUGCUAAUUAUAUAGUUUUACACUAA